AUGAACCAAGAGUCUUCAUCUGAGGAUCGUCGUUCCAACAAUAAGCGACGGUCGUCCAAUCGUCGCGUAUCCACGCAAAGAGAACGGAAUGAUGACGAUGAGUAUGAUCAUCAUGCCAACCAUCAUCGCAAUCAUAAAAGCCAUGCCACUCAUCAUCAUAAUCAAGAUGAUGGAAGUAGCAAGAAAAGAAGCAGUCGAGCGAAAGUACGGCCACCGUCUCCAGAAACCGCCAGGCCUCCUUCUCGAAGCUACGCCACGGCAAUUGUGGACGACGACAGUACUAUUUCCGUUGACGAUGAAAAGUGGCAUAAAAAGACUUGGGUUAGAAUAAUGAUGGGAGUCAUUGUCAUUGUGUUUACAGUGAUGAUUACCUUUUUCGUCUUGAGGGCGACUGGUCUUGGUCUGAACAAGAGCGCAGCCAUCGCAAAUGGAGAUGCUUCCAACGCACCAAGUGCUGUGGAAAGUAGUGCACCCUCCUCGGCUCCCACGCCGGUACCAUUCUUUACAUAUGCAGCACCCGACGAAGAUAGCUGUGACGAAAAGAGUUUUGAAACAGGCGACACUAGCUUUGUCGAUGGUGAGAAUACUCGUGAAUUUGAUUUUACUUUCGAUGUAACGAUGUCCUUUGCAGAUAGUAGUGGCUUGUGGUUGCAAGAAUUUGAGUCCAAGGUCAAUUCGGCAUUAAUUCCCAUUUUGGUUGGAUGCAUCGACGACGAUGAUGAUGAUGACGAGGAUGAUAGAAGACUUCAAUAUCAGGAGAGAGCUUCUGUUGACAUGGACGGUCAGCUGCGGGGUCUCCAUAAAGCUAGUUCAAAUGGAAGCAGGAGAUUAGACAGUGACGAAAUGAAGUUUCGAUAUGUCAUUGCUGAUGCAACAGUAAUCGGGAUGACGACUGCCGACUUGGUGUGUCCGCAAGUGUUAGACUCGGUCAGUACACAACAGGAUCCAAGACAAGGUCUACCAGAAAUAUGUUUUCGCGUUUCUGUGAAUGUUGAUCUCUUGCUUAGAGGAGAGGAACGAGUAUUCUCGUUGGUUCAGCUCAUUACGACUAUCUUGUCCGAGCUGAGUGAUCCUGAGCAAUCUUUAGACGAGUCGGCAGUCCCAGUGCCUACUUGUACCUCAUUGUUGGACUGUAUGGAACUUACCAGUCCAUUCAAAAAGAUUGCUGUGGUGGGGGUCACUAACCGCGAUCCCACCAAUUCUCCUAGUACCAGUCCGAGUCAAGUACCGACCAACCGACCUAGUACCAUGCCCACCAAUAUUCCGUCUAUGCCACCUUCGCUGUUCCCAACCGAGAUGCCCUCGUUGAAACCAUCUUUCAGCCCUACGUCACGUCCAUCUCCGGGCCCAACGCUAGCUCCAAGUCGCAUGCCAUCCAUUGAACCAUCUUUUACACCAACCGAUGCACCAUCGACCCCUCGUCCAACCUUUACCCCCCAGCCGUCUUCCAGUUUUGGACCAUCAAUGAGACCGACUCAAAUGCCUUCGUGCGCCGACUUUUGGGAACCACAGGAUACCGAUAAUCAGGUGAUCGAUCCAAAUGAUCCACCCGAUACCAAUUGCGAGUCGGAAGAUGAAAAUAAUUAA